AUGUCAGCUCACUUCUUCCUGACAUCCCGAGGGUCUCGGAGGUCACGAGAUGUUGCAUCCGGCCUGAGUGUGCCCAUUCAGUUUUCCACUCACGAGCUGUGCCCACGCCGCAGACACACCACGGUCUCCCCGCCGUGCCCUGUGAGCACGCGGAUUCCUUCACCGGUCGCUGGGCAUAACCUCCUUCCGGGCUGUCACACGCUGCCCUUCCCAUCCCGGACGCAGACUCCUCUCUGCCUAAACUGUUCCAUCUCUCCCGGAGAGCUGUCCCCAAAUGGUUCAAAGAGCCCUGUGUUCUGCAAUGGCAGUGAGGUCCAGGGAAACUUUGACCCCGAGGACUUGAACCUGACGGAUGAGGCCCUGAGGCGGAAGUACUUGGGGCCACAGCAGAUGGAGCUGUUCGUACCCAUCUGUGUCGUGUACCUGCUGAUCUUUGUGGUGGGCACCGUGGGCAACGGGCUGACCUGCACUGUCAUCCUGCGACACAAGGCCAUGGGCACGCCCACCAACUUCUACCUUCUCAGCCUCGCUGUGUCUGACUUGCUGGUGCUCCUGGUGGGCCUGCCCCUGGAGCUUUAUGAGAUGCAGCACAAUUACCCGUUCCAGCUGGGGGCGAGCGGCUGCUACUUCCGAACGCUGCUCUUUGAGACCGUCUGCCUGGCUUCAGUGCUUAACGUCACAGCCCUGAGCGUGGAGCGCUAUGUGGCCGUGGUGCACCCGCUCCAAGCUAAGUCUGUGAUGACACGGACCCACGUGCGCCGCAUGUUGGGGGCCAUCUGGAUCCUUGCCGUGCUUUUCUCUCUGCCCAACACCAGUCUCCACGGCCUCAAGCAGCUCUUUGUGCCCUGUCGGGGUCUGGUGCCUGACUCAGCUGUGUGUACGUUGGUGCGCCCCCGACUCUUUUACAACUUGGUGAUCCAGAUCACCACCCUGCUCUUCUUCUGCCUGCCCAUGGCCACCAUCAGUGUGCUAUACCUGCUCAUUGGGCUGCAGCUGCGGAGGGAGAGGAUGCUGCUUCAAGAGGAGGUCAAGGGCAGGAAAACUGCAGCGGCCCAGAAGACCUGCAACAGACAGCUUCCGCUUCGAGAAAGGGGCCGGAGACAGGUGACCAAGAUGCUAUUUGCGCUGGUUGUGGUGUUUGGCAUCUGCUGGGCUCCGUUCCAUGCGGAGCGCCUCAUGUGGAGCUUGGUGCCCGACUGGACCGAGAACUUACUCCUGGCCUUCCAGUUUGUACACAUUACAUCUGGCGUCUUCUUCUACCUCGGCUCGGCAGCCAACCCAGUGCUCUACAGCCUCAUGUCCAGUCGCUUCCGGGAGAACUUCCGGCAAGCCCUGGGCCUGGGAACCCAAUGCCAUCGCCGCCGUCGCCAACACCGUCGUAGUUCCCAUAACCUCAGCAAGUUGACCACAGGUAGCACCUAUGACUUCGGUUCCCGGAACAGCAGGGCUGGACCCCUAGUUGAGAACGGGAAUCAAAGAUUUCACCAAGAGACAGAACUCUCCUGAGUAAAAUCCCAAAGGAGGCUCACCUCCUGGGCCAGAGAUCUGGGGAGCUACUGGGAAGAGCUUGGGAAGUCGGGUCAGCACCCCAGUGAUUUUCACCCUGCCCACAUAUUUGAGUGUUGAGGGAAACAGCAAGAAGAAGAGGAUUGAACCCCGACUGUCAAAGACUCAAAUUGAGGGUCUUUUUGACUCAGUUUUUAAUGCUUGCUGGUUUCAGAGGAUCUGAGUUCAGGUCCCAGCACCCACAUGGCAACUCACAAUUGCCUGUAACUGCAGUUCUAGGUCAUUUGACACUCUCUUCUGGUUUCUGAAGGCACCCACAUGUACAGAGGAUGCAAUCAUAAAAUACAAAAACAAAACAAAAAAACCUUAAAUACCGACAUUGAGCCAGGCACAUGCUAUAACACCCCUCCACACCCCAGACCUCCGGCUAAAUUCUCCCCCACAGAACCAUCAUGGCCCACCGAGGCCUCAGCAAUUAUCUCCCCGGGGAUCCCUCCUUCCUCUCAAGUUCACAGAUGCUUCCACAGGGGCCUAGCUGUCAUUCUGGUGACUUCUGAACCUCCAUAGUUUCUGACCUAUCUUUCCCUCCAGCUCUUGGACUACACUUGGGACCAUCCUCUCACCAUGGCACUGAAAUUUGAGCCUUCGAGCUGCCAGGGGGAAGAGGUUCCCAGGGAUCCUGGGGACCUGGAUCUAAACUCAACACCUUUGUCACCAACUUGUUGCCUCGUGGCAUCGGGCGAGUCGUCUCGCCUGUCUAGGCUUUGGUUCCUUGUUGGCACAGCGAAAGGUGUGCCGAGGUGCCAGUGUCACCCUUUGGUGCCAGCUGCGUUUCAUCUGUGUGCACGAAGGCUUCACCUGACCUGCAUCACUACCAAACCCUGCUUGCCCUCCGACCUUCUCGUGCCCCUGCCCCAAGCUGUCCAGUGUAGUUCCUUCGCUUGUCCUGGAGCGGAUAGGGAGGACAGGUGAGCACAGCAGUCCCCUUGCCUGUUGCCUUGCUUGCCUGCAGACAGACUGAUCUGGCAGCCCCCGCUAAACAAUGUACCAGAGAUGCUGUUAGCCGGGAAUCUCUGAAGCAAGAAACCUGGGCUAACCAAGGACCAGAAGUGGCCAUGCAGAGACAGUGUGUUGCUUAGUCUUUGUCGACUUGACACCAACUAGAGUCACCUGGGGAGAGUGAACCUCAGUGGGGGAGUUACAUCCAUCGGAUUGGCCUGUGGACGUGUCUGUGGGACAUUUUCGUGAUGAUUGGUGUGGCAGGGUCCAGUCCACUGUGGGUGGUACCACUCCUGGCCAAGAGGUCCUACGCCGUCUAAAGAAAGCUGAGGGAAGGAGAGAUGGCUCAGAGGUUAAGAGCACUGGCUGUUCUUCUAGAGGUCCUGAGUUCAA